AUGCAUUUGGAUGUGGAAAGCGGUCAACAGCUGAUCCAUAGUCGGCGCCAGUCGUCCCAAUCGGUUACAAAAUGGAAAGGCAUACCACGAAUGGUGCGGCUAUGGCUGAUGAUAGGUCUGGCGGUCACCGUAUUCUUGAUACUACUGUUAUCUCUACCCAAAGAAGAGCCGUUAGUAUCCGCUGCCGACGACACGGAUCCGGUCGUCAGACCUCCGCCUCAAUCGCAGCCGAGAACUGACGGCCAGAUUGCGGACAAUAAUAAUAAUAAUAAACCAAACAAUCAAAUCAAUAGACCAAACAUUAACCACAAAACCGAUGACAAUAAUAAUAAUGAUAAUGAUUACAGAGACAGAGCCAAAGGGUAUACGAGUUUCGAUCAAACUCUGGCCACAAUCGACGGCCUUUCGGUGAAUGUAUUCAAAGAGUCGAUUGAGAGACACGAAUCGGCCGAACAGAAGGCCAUUGUGGAGGCGUUGCGGCACUCGUGGGACGCGUAUCGGGAGUACGCGUGGGGUGCGGACCAUCUCAGGCCUAUCACCAAAUCCAAGCAUAACUGGUUUAGCUACGCGUGGGGUGCGGACCAUCUCAGGCCUAUCACCAAAUCCAAGCAUAACUGGUUUAGCGUUGGGCUAACCAUAUUGGACUCGUUGGACACACUUAUAAUGAUGGGUCUCAAAGACGAAUUCAAUGACGCUAUGAAUUGGAUUAAAAACGACUUACGCUUUGAUAUCUAUAAGGAUGUCAACUGUUUUGAGACGACUAUCAGAGCACUGGCGGGACUCCUAUCGGGCUAUCACUUGUCAUCGGAGCCGACGCUACUUAUAAGAGCGGCCGAUUUGGGCGAACGUCUGAUCCAUUGUUUUGAUACUCCCAAGAAUUUGGUGCCUUUCAGUGACGUUAAUCUCCAGACAAAGAGCGCAAAGACGCCCAACUGGUCGCCCGACUCUUCACUGUCCGAAGUGUCGACCGUGCAGUUGGAGUUCCGGGACUUAUCCUAUUUGACCGGAAUUAAGAAAUACGAGAAAUUGUCAUUCCGGACGUCACAACACAUCCAUAACCUGACCGUCAAAAGUGGCAAAUAUUUACUUCCAAUGUAUAUAAAUCCAUAUACGGGUCAGUUCAGCAGAGGGACCAUAACGCUGGGCGCUCGCGGCGACUCGUACUACGAAUAUCUGCUCAAACAAUACAUUCAAACCGGUAUUCCAUGGCUUAAAGAGGAUUACAUUAAAUCGAUGGAUGAGCUCCAGAAACGACUGGUGCGGACG